CAUAAUAUUUGGACGUCAUCAGCUGAUCGCGAGGAGAGGCGAGUGACAGCUGAUUUUCUCGGUGUUUUAUGCCUCCAAAGACGAGAAAUGAAGUUGUUUUCUUGAAUUCUGGGUUGUAUUAGGGCAUUUAUCAUAGAUGUCUUGCCUACUGGAUCAAAUAGCUGCUAUUGGGAACACCACAGACGUUGUGCAAUGGCUUUGUCCACAUCUAACCCCAAGUGGCUCUCAAGGCUCUCCCUCUAUAGGGUCAACCUCUUCUCAGCUGACGGCAUCGGAGUGGAACGAGGAAUGGGAAGACUGGGGAGACAUGGACCCAGGCGGAGGAACUAAGCCCGAGGGAGGAGACAACAGCACAGCCACGCAUUCGUCCUCUUCCCCACAGCCAGAGACGUCAUGGCUAGCGGAGUGUUACAUCGCAGCCUCUCCUACUUCGGACCUUAUGGCACUUGGCUUCAAGAAUCGAUUAGCGAUAUUGUCACGUCGAUGGGAAAGUUAUGCAGAAGAGGAAAACAAGAUGCGUUUGGUUGUAACUUGGCGAGGGACUGUGGGUUAUGGUGCAAGCGAUGAAAUAAAUGCCAUAUUGUGCCUGCCGCUCUUGUCCCAGAAGCAGAGCAGCACAGGCGGACCAGACUGGACUUGUGUCAUCGUUGGAUUUACGUCUGGCUAUGUGGCUAUGUAUACUGAAUGUGGACUGGUCCUGUUAUCACAAAUCUUUGAAGAAGGGCCUGUGUUGAGCCUGAAGUGCCGUACCAUGACAGACGGAAGCAGGGCAGUUCUGUCACAGGAUACAAGCGAGGAACUCAUCAUUCUUUACCCAAGAUCUAUAACUACCAUUGACGGAUUUUCCCUCUUUCAAACUCUGCGAGGCUGCAGAAAUCAGGUUGCUAAAGCUGCAGCGAGUGGGGGAGAGAAUGUGAGCGUCCCACCCUUAGGGUAUAAGAAAUGGGGUCUGGUGGAUCAGGGAAUGGUGAUGGAUUGCGCGGGGCCAGGUGUCACUCCACCGCAUCUCUACGAUCACCUGGCGCAGACUUCGCUCGCCAAGGGAUUCAAUCAUGUGGUGUCUUCCGGUGUACCAGCUUCUUCACUCCUUCUCACCGUUGGGCGUGUUCCUUUUGUUGGUUUUCUGUAUGCCCAAGAAGGGUCAGCCCCGCCAUUUGUUGCAGACGUUGCCCUCCUUUACGCAAGCAAGUUGAAGGAUGCACUUGUUUCAGCUGCCAGUGGAUGGCUAUUUGGAAGAGGAAAGAGUAGGGAAGCAGAGAAAUCAAAAGAGAAACCAAAAAUUGAACCUGCAACACCAUUGCCAUACAAAUGGUCUGUUCCAGACAAAAGAAGAACAGGGCUGUCUCUGAGUCUGGCCCCUGGACGCAGAUUAGCGGCAGUUACCGAUGACUUUGGACGUGUAACGCUGAUUGAUGUCCAGAGAGGAGUUGCCCUGCGGAUGUGGAAAGGGGCAAGACAAGCAAGCGAGCCCGAGAUCUGCACCUUCUGAAGACCCUCAAGUCUCACCUGAGGAACAACAAUGAAGAAGAGGUACUGAAGACCGUCUCCGAGAUCAAGACUUCGGGCGUUCGGAAACAGGCAGUCCAGGCCCUGAUCCUGUCACAGCAUCUCACCUCCUCGCUGCUGCAGGGUUUGCUGGACAUCUUUCUACCUGUUUACUGUCCUGGCACAGAAGAGGAGAAAGAAGACGGCGUUCAGAGCCAAGACCAUGAGAGUCUUCUUCUUGGCCAGCAGCUUCUCCGCUUGAAGCAGCUGUUGCAACUCUACAUGGUCCUGGUGGAGCUGCACACAAGCCGGGAAGCUUCACCUGACCCGGAUGACGAAACGUUAGUGCUGGAACUAGCAAGACUUCUGGUUCUGACCCCAGCGGAAACCAAGUCAUUUCUUUCGACCUUUGAGCAUUAUGCGAACUCCAAGACUACAAAUUCAAAGAAGGUCCGAUUUUCCGAUUCAUCUGUGAACUUUAGCAUAGGCUCUUUUAUUCGCUGCUGGGAUGUAACUGUAGGGUCUUUAGUGAAGAAUUUGGCCAACAAAACGCUCCCUGUUAACAUGAAGGAGGACAUUCAACAAGAGAAGCUUUUGAGAUUGGGGGAGUUCCUAUACGGCUGGGCUUGGCAUAGUGAGAGCAUGAAGAAGUUCAGUCAGGCCAUCGAAGAGAGCGGAAGUAACCUGGAGUCCUUGCUGCACGUUGCUCUGCACCAUUGGUCCCUCUGUUGCAGUCCCGACACGGUGCCAGCCCUUCAUCUGGGCACAAUAUUUUACUGCCUGUCCACGUUGGCAGGGGAGAAGGUGCUCUGCGAUAUUAGCCAGUUGAGUCCCUGGUGGAGCUCAGUAAGGGAUAAAUUAGUGGCCUCCACCCAGCCUUACCAAGCCUACAUUGCGGCACUCUUGUGUCGAGGCGUUCAUGCCAACCUUGAAGCUCGGUUGCAUUCCUCUGUGACAGAAAAUGCCUUGCACUUCAAAAAAGACAUUAUCCAGACCAGUGCAAUUGACGACGCUGACCAGAAAUACUUGUCUCUGAAUGAUUGGGAAGGGCUGUCGAUGGAGAUGGUCGAAUGGAAUCUCGUGAUUGACCAGCUAGAGUGUCUUCUUCCUCUCAAUCAGUUCCUGUCGCUUGUCCCAGAGAACGGUCCUCAGAGACAACCCAAGCUCGAGGUGUCGGUAAAGGACCUGCUUGAUAAAGGGAAAGGAUAUGUUGCCGAGCUUGUUGCGAACUGGUUCAUCGGCUCCGGCAUGGAUCAUGAGUGUGUGGUACAACUUGUGCAGAAGCAGGAUGAGCUUAGAAGGCUGGAGAAGGAGGAGUUGGAAAAAAUGGAGGAUGAUUCAGAGCAGAUUGAUCUAAUGGAGGUCACCUCUGAUGCUGUUCCGAAUGACCUGAAGCAAGUUGAUGGGAAAAUAGCUGAACUUCUAAGGAAUGUCAGUAAGAAAUUCCCAAAUUCCGUGGCGGCAGAUUCAGUUCUAACGAAUAUGAGCUGGGAAUUAUCGGCAGCGUGGAACAAAACAAGAGACGACACUAGUUUGAUCUCGCAGGCUGUGAAGCUCGUUGGAAGCAUAAGGAAUUCACAUAUUAGACAUGGUGUUUCCCUGAUGCUUUGGGAAACAUGGGUGUGCCAGUUUGUCCAGCUAACAACAAGUCUGAUGGACAAAGUAGGGAGGAUACCCAAAGACAGACUAUGCCGCAGGGACCUUGGCCUCGGAGAACAUAACCUCGCUCCAGUGCUACAGGCAGUCCUCACCCUCCUUGAACAAAUUAUGGAAGCAAAUGUAGUUUGUGAGGUGGAGAAGCCAUUGGUUAUUCCAGCUGAUAGUUUCUGGAGUGGACAGGAAGGGUCGCCGGCCUUGGUAGAGCUGACAGUGAUGCAGAAGAUGACCUGCUAUGAUCUUGUGUACCAGCAUUACCAGCUUGUCUCUGUCCUCUAUCUAGUCACGCAACAUGGGCUGAAAUCUGUGAGGCCGCUGACCUAUUUUGAUGGCAAGGAUCGUAGUGUCUUGUUCAAGCCUCUGACAACCAGUUGGACCAUCGGAGGCCACACUGACCCGACUGUUAUAAAGGCCCGCUUAGCUCUUUUAUGUAGAGUGAUCACAGCUGCCGUUUCUUCGCUUCCAGACACUACAGAAUUUAAGCAGGGAGAUUCACUGAGUAUUCGCCAGGCAAUAGAUCUUGGCAGAGCAUGGGGAACUUCCCUAGAUGUUUUACACCGUCACCAUAUAUGCGAACUCUACACUUCUGGGCUUGAUAAAUUAGCUGAAGAGGAGCUACCAACCAUUAGUGAUGCUACUUUGCUGGGGUCGCAGUUGGUCCUCAUUGCCGGGCAGAGGCUUAACUACCAGCUGGAAAACUCUCCGAGGACGGCACACCAUCUGGCUCUGACCUCCCCUACUAUUACAGAAUGGAUAAAGUCCUGUGAUGCGGGAAGUCUUCGUUGUCCAGCCGUUCCCCUAGAAAGUACAGUGACGUUAUUAACACACGCUCUCAGCCUGUUGCCAGAAGACGCACAGGAGCACAAAAUGGCAACAGCCCUCUACGACACUCUCACUGCGUUUGUAAAGGACCAAAGUAAUGCUGACAAGUAACUGAUCAACAUAAGUUCCUUGAGCAUUUUGGUAUGUCUUUCACCCACCACCUAUAUCCAUUACAAUAUCCGCUUAUAGAGAUAAUUCAUUAGAUAAUUCAUUAGUCAUACAAUACUGUAAUUGCAAUUGCUGUAUUAUAUUCAUUCAUCUUUUUUUUUAUUCUUAAAGUCAUCCUCAUUAUCAUAUCUGUGUUAGCAUUUACGUUUUAUUAUAAUUUAUUAUGUGACAUUGUGUUUAUAUUCUGUUUGUAUGCAAUAUUUUUCACCCAUAGGGAGCAAGGGUUUAUUAAUCAGUUCUUACCAUGCUUUAAGCUCUAUGUCACCGAC